CAUCCUGUAUUUACUCUGCCCUCAUCUGUGUCUUGUUCCCUCGUUUGGUGUCUGUGUAUUUAUCCCUGUCUGCCCCAGUGUGUUUUGUCGGAUUGUCAUUCAUGUUACGUGGUGUUCCGCUCGUGUUCUACGUUUUUUAAAAUGUUGGACAGACCAGGUGCUUACCUCCAGAAACACUUAAUGGAUUGCAUUAUGGUAUGCAGCAUACCUGAAACCCAAGGAGUUGGCCUGAAUUCCAGCGUACAACAGGAACAAUGCAACCAACACAGAAGGGGUAGGUGGGAGAACAGGUGACAUGAGAGACUGGUUCACCAACAUUUGGGAGCCACAUAACUUCCCUAUCACGCCACACCCAGUACUGUCUAUAAAGUAGAACCCAAAAGAUAAAGAAAUGCACUGAUCGAGUGCACCCACCGUCAGACCUACUCCAUCCUCUCCAGCGGAGAAAUCUCAACAUAACACUUACCAUGAGUAUGAGGAGCCAGCGCAACAGCCGCCCAGGACUACACAUGUCGUCAGGGGGCUUCAGUAGCAAGUCCAUGGGAUCCUACUCCAUCCCCAGGACCAGCAACGGGGCUAACCAGGCAGCCUCCAUUUCAGCCGUGACCAUCAACAAGAGCCUGCUCACCCCAUUAAAGAUAGACAUCGACCCCAACGUCCACGUCCUUCGCAACCAGGAGAAAGAGCAGAUCAAGACUCUCAACAACCGUUUUGUCUCAUUCAUUGAUAAGGUGAGAUGCCUGGAGCAGCAGAACAAAAUGCUGGACACCAAGUGGAAGGUGAUGCAGGGACAGACGGCCACCUCCUCUAACAUUGAACCCAUGCUGAAGACUUACAUCAGCAACCUGCAAAAGCAGCUGGAGUAUCUCAGCCAUGACAAACACAGACUUGACAUGGAGAACGGUGUCAUGCACAAAGAUGUGGAUGACUACAAGACAAAGUAUGAGAAAGAGAUCAACAAGAGGAAUGAAACAGAGAAUGACUUUGUCUUGAUCAAAAAGGAUGUGGACACAGGCUAUAUGUCCAAGGUGGAUUUAAUAGAUUUGGUGUCUAUUACCACUGAUGAACUCAACUUCCUCAAGGCUCUGUAUGACGAGGAGUUGCGUGAGCUGCAGGACAGUCUGAAGGAGACCUCUGUGGUGGUGCAGAUGGACAACUCCCGUGGCCUGAACAUGGAGCAGAUCGUGUCAGAGGUUAAGGCUCAGUAUGAGGACAUUGCUGCUCGUAGUCGUGAAGAAGCUGAAAGAUGGCACAAGACCAAGUUUGACCAGAUAACUGCUACUGCCGACCAGUAUGGCAGUGAUCUGCGUGGCGCCAAGGGGGAAAUAUCUGAGCUCAAUCGACUGAUCAGCCGCCUGCAGAAUGAGAUCCAUGCUGUAAAGGCACAGUGUUCCAACCUCGAGGGCCAGAUAGCUGAAGCGGAGCAGCGUGGGGAGGGGGCCGUGCAGGAUGCCAAGGCUCGCAUCAGGGACCUGGAGCUGGCUCUGCAGAGGGCCAAGCAUGACAUGGCUCUGCAAGUCAGAGAGUACCAGGAGCUCAUGAAUGUCAAGCUGGCCCUGGACAUAGAGAUCUCCACCUACGGAAAACUGCUGGAGGGAGAGGAGGCAAGACUUGGACAGGACUCUAUUGUCAACAUCAAAACAGUGCCUAACAAAAUCGUCCAGGUUUGCAACCUCAAGCCACAAAGUGCGAUUCUCAUCAAGACAUUGGAGACCCAUGACACAUGGAACAGCGACGCAGCAAAUUAGCUUUCUGGAUUGUUGGGACCAUUUAACUCUAACUUUCAAAUGAAUCUCUUUGUAACCUACAAUUAGUCAACUGCUUUAAGUCCUGUUUGAUGACACAUUAAUUACAAAUUCCUGUGUUUAC